UGUAAGCGGUUGUGACUCAUUUACUCCAAUGCAGAGAUGAGAUGAAUAGGAAUUGCUUAGGACGGAGUAUUUAUUAUGGUGCAUAAAAUAGGUUACUUUUGUUAGUGUGGACAAACCCCGCGAACCAAAGUGCAGUAGAAAACAAUCAUAGUUUGAGUCGAUGAUUUUGAUCCGCUGAAGAGGGAGAGGAAGAGGAGGAGACAGAAGAGAAAGAGAGAAUCUAAGGAUGUUUUUCCACAUAGUGUUGGAACGGAAAAUGCAACUCCACCCUCGCCACUUUGGCCGUGACCUCCGCGACAAACUCGUAUCCAAGCUCAUGAAAGAUGUCGAGGGAACUUGCAGUGGACGACACGGUUUCAUAGUAGCAAUCACUGGCAUUGAGAAUGUCGGAAAAGGUCUCAUUCGCGACGGUACAGGGUUCGUCACUUUCCCAGUGAAGUAUCAGUGUGUUGUGUUUCGGCCUUUCAAAGGGGAGAUUCUAGAAGCUGUUGUUACUAUGGUGAACAAGAUGGGUUUCUUUGCCGAAGCAGGGCCUGUACAAAUUUUUGUCUCUAAUCAUUUAAUACCAGAUGACAUGGAGUUUCAGUCUGGAGAUGCACCAAACUACACAACAUCUGAUGGAUCGGUUAAAAUUCAGAAGGAUAGUGAAGUACGACUAAAGAUCAUUGGAACUCGUGUUGAUGCUACAGAAAUUUUCUGCAUUGGUACAAUUAAGGAUGAUUUCUUGGGUGUUAUCAAUGAUCCCGGAGCAGCUGUCUGAUAAACACAAUUUCAGAUUCUUGUCCAUAGUUGGUAUGCGGUAUUGAUUUUCUUGUACCAGGAUAAAUGGACUGCUUAUAAGAACCACCUGGAGCUCAAGCUGAAGCUUUUUUUUUUUGGUUUUGUUUUGUUGGUCUAGAAGUCUUGUGUGCUACUAUGCAAUUUGUAGUUAUGUUGUUGUCUUAGAAGAUUGAUUUAAUUCUAAAGAUAUUUUAAUAUAAUUAAUGAUAACAUAUUUUUAAACUGCA